UACUAUUAUUUUUUUGUCUUACAUGGCAAGUUGUACCUAAUAUUGUAAAUAAUAUUUAUGAAGUUUAUUUUCGACCGUGUCUGGAAAAAAAUAGCAGUAAUGAUCGUCUUCAAGAUAUAUAAUCAAACAGUGUACAUUUUCAAAAGAUAAAUUCAGAUACUUUUUGAGAAAAUGGGUGUCGAGGGUUUCCAUUGCAAUCUAAAGAGAACGAGGAGUCAGGAAAAAACGUGGGUUUGUUUAAAAAAAACAAAAAAAAACAAUGGUGAGAAGAUAUAGGUUGGUUGCCUACAGCCAUCUUGGGCUUUAGCUCUUUGCCGCGAUGUGUCGCCACCUGGUGGUUACACACGGUAGUGCGCCCAUCAUCACCGCAUCGUUGCAAAGUGAAGACACCAAUGAAUGAGUCACGUUUUAAUUUCAGCACAUCAUAGAGACUCUGUGCCAAGUUCACUUUUAUUUAGUAAGAUAAUACUUCACAUAAAAUACAAGUGCAAGCCGAUGAAAGGUCACAUGAUAGAUAAGACAGUAAAACAAUGUAGUCAUAGUCUCCAGUCGAGGCCAAAGUAAAAAGUCAAAGUAUCAUCUUAUAUUUACAACUAAGUUAAUCGGGCGGCUUCAAAACUAAAAUUUGCAUUCGGAAAUACGUACUUUCUUUAAACAUUUCAAAUUCGACAAUACAUUAGACUUCUGUUUAAUGGACGUCAGACAAACCUCUGCUUACUCCUAAGGUGGGUCUCCAAACAGAAUGUGUUUACAUUUAAUUAAAAAGCAAUAAUGAACAAAGUGUUUAUAAUGAAAUACCACCCUUACUUAAUAAAAUAGUAGCUAGAUUAUCGUUAUAGUUUAAAGUUUAGUAGGAAGUACAACAUUCUCUAUCGUCUCAGGUAAACACAAUCAACACUUACCCUAAUAUGUAAAGUUCAAGAAAAAAAUUCCUCUUUGGGACAUUCUUCGUUUAAAGUGACAUGUUUAAAACUCCCAUAUAAAAGUGAAGUUUAAAGCAAAGAAAAUCUCAAACGCACCCGGAAGUGUUCCCCUACCUUGUCUUCCUGUAGGUGCUUCUUUUCAAUCACCGUGUUAGCCGUAAAGGCGGUGACAACAACGGCUCCAUAGAUAAUCAGAUCCAAUGACAAUGUGGCUUCUUUCCGUGGCGAUCCCGUUAAGAGCAGAGAAGUCGCUGUAUUACUGAGCAAGAGGCGACAACUCAUGCCGCUGCAGUUUGUGUGUAAAUUGUGCAUGCUAAGAAGAUUAUUGUGUGGCAUGACCGAUGAAGUCAACAUCAGGGAGGUGCACAUGUCCCAGCCACACGCGGAGGAAGACACUUCUUCUUCUGCAGAAGAGAGCCCAACCCUGUGUGAGCUUCUGCAUAGCCGCAUGCACCGCUGCAGCCCACUCGUGAGAGCAGUGUUGUGUGCGCAGGUGUGUAAGGUGUACCGCUUUCAGACGGAGGACGACAGAUGGCUGCUGGUCCAGGAGCAAAUGUCCGAAACGCUUUUGUCCUUCUCUUUACCCAAACAGCUACUGAGGAUGCUCACGAGCCAGUUCACUAACAUUCGGCAGGAAGUGGAGAAGCAUAGCGACCUUUCACCCCACUGGGAUGGCCUCCGAUGUGAUGUCCUCAGCCACUGCAGCUACCUGAUUGGCUCCUACGAAGAGGCGCUUGAAAAGCUGCACACACUUUCAGGAUUGUCCUGCUUUAAGUCGAGUGGCUCCAAGUGGGAAAAGCACCUUCAGUUUGUCCCCACCAACCUGCAUGCUCAGCGGAUGGAAGUCACCUGUCAGGACAGCCCAGGUGUGUGGUACCAUGUGAUCACCUUUGGUGCUCCGGCCGACCACUACCAGGCCUUCAAACAUGGCGGUCUAAGGAGGCUGCUGGCCAAGCACGCUGACCACAUGCACAGCUACGUGUGCUACUCCCAGUACUCCCAGGAGGAGAGCUCCAGGGCCCAGGCGGUGUUGGUUAGCCUGGCUCAGCUGCAGCCGCUCCUCUUCGGCCUCGCUGAGGAGCUGCUGUCCGUCUCUCUGGAGCGCAGCGGUCCCCGGCUGCAGCGGGCUGCAGACGACUUAGCCCGACAGACGGAAAAGUUUGUUCACGCUCUUAAAGACGAGCUUGUGAGAAGCUCGUUGGGUGACAUUCAACACAAACGCUGUCACGACAAAGACGGCGGCCUCCGUGACGCUUCACCUGACGACCAGCAACAUGACGAGGAGUGGGACAGAGUGUGGGCAAACGUCACAAACAGCCUGAGCUGCAUCAUCGUCAUGGUGGACCGACUCCAUGUGCAGCAAGACGGCAAUCCAAACGACUGUGGUAUGUUUACUACCAACUCUGUAUGUGCACUUUUAUACACUCAUGACCUUGUCCGCCCCCCAGGCUGUUGGCAGGAGCAGCUGCUCCCUCUGGUGAUCACUCUCAGGGAUUGCGUACGUGAGGCGGUCCAGAGGGCUCAGGCUGCCAUGACCUUUGUGGUCUUGCAGGCGGCGGCCUCUGCUACCGUCGUGAACGGCGCCGCCAAUCUUACUCUAAGACGACACGCCGUCUUCAGCCAGGCGCUCUCAGCGACCACAUGCGGUUUCCUGUUGAGGCUCUACAACGGUCUGGGAGAUUCAAAGUUCCUGCAGCAGCUUCAUGCUGUCGGAAUCCUGGUUCAGUUUGAAGGCCUGCUCAGCACUUAUGGUGAUGAAGUGGGGAUGCUGGAGGAUAUGAUGGUGGGGGUGGCCGACCUGGGGGGAGUCACAUUUUCCCUAACUGAAGCAAAAACGGAACAACCCGAAGACCUUCAGCCGACCCUCAGAGGAACAUUGGGUUCCAUUGUUGUCAUCGUCCCACUGCCUACGUCAGCCUUCAUGACACUGCCCGGUGAGCUGAGAGCAGGAUGUUUGAUUCCCAUUCACCCUGUUCUCUUCAACAUUGGCAUCAACCAGCAGCAGACUGUGGCUGAGAGGUUUGGCAACAACUCCCUGCAGGAAAGGCUGAAUCAGCAGAGCUGCGAGCAACUGAACGUUUACUGUAACACGCUGAGAGAUCACCUUCCUGACUUUGCUGGUGUGCAAUCUCUGUGGGACCUGUUAGGAUCUUUGAGUCGGAGCGUGGAAGCUCAGAGGAGGAAAAAUGUGGAGGUGCUUUGGCUGGCUGCCUCGGUCUGUCGUCAAGUGAGCGGGGUGCGUCUAACCAGCUGUAAGAGCGCCAAGGACCGCACGGCAAUGUCAGUGACACUGGAGCAGUGCAUGCUGCUCAGGGACAAACAUGCUCUCAGCCAACACCACUUUUGCACUGCGCUGGACCAAAUGAGGAGGUGUCGUCUGUCCUGGGGGCAGAUGUUGGGCUGUUAUGCCAAAUCGGGUCUAACACUGAUUGGGUUAGAGUCUGGGGAGAAGCCAUCGGACCAACAGAAGUCCAACUUCCCGCGGUGUUUUGCCCCAAAAGGCACAAGACCACACUUGUAUCCUGUGGCUUUCCUGUUGGUGACUUCUCACCUUCUGGUUCUCUGGCUCAUUCUCAGCCUGCUUGUGCUAGUGGCCAAGUAUGAGUAGAGCCACACAGGCUGUGAAAGACAAAAAAAAGCAUGACAAUCUAUGAUCAGCCCUACUAAACAGUUGAUGAUAAAACGUAAAAAGGAGAUGACUGUUUGUGUGCAGGGAGGGCUGCCGAAUGGAGAACGUUCAGAAAAACAUCGGAAGUAGGAAGUUUGCCUUCAGCCGUGUCCAGCUCCUUACCUUCCCAAAACUUUACAGACCUCCAGAUGGCAGCUAUGGAUAGUACACAUCUUAUGUUUUUGUUUUGUUUUGUGCAUAACGUUGAAUAAUGAAUCGUGUAAUUUUGUUUUUGUCAAAACAAAGAGUUAAACUGUUUAGAAAAAGGCAUAUUGCAUAUUAAGAUAAACUGCUAAAUUGUAGCAAUCAUGUUAAAAUAAAUUAUUUUUUUUAUUCUAUAUAAUAUGAUUUAUAUAAAUCUAUUUAUGUGUAUAUAUGUAUAUAUUUAUACAUAUAUAUACACAGUAUAUAUAUACUUAUAUAUAUAUAUAUAUAUAUAUAUAUAUAUAUAUACAUAAUUAUGUAUAUGUAUAUGUAUAUAUACAUUUAUGUGUGUGUAUUUACAAAACUCAAAACCAGUGAAGUUGGCACAUUGUGUAAAGCGUAAAUAAAAACAGAAUACAAUACAUAACUAAUCAUUUUCAACUUAUAUUCGAUUGAAAGGCCAGAUAUUGAAUGUUUGAACUAAGAAACAAAAAUGUUUUUUUGCAAAUAAUUAUUAACUUAGAAUUUAAUGGCAGCCACACAUGUUACAUGGCAUUUCCUUUUAACAACACUCAAUAAACCUAUGAUAACUCA